AUGGCUGCUGGAAGGUUACUGCUGUAUGCUGGCCUCUCUUUAGCUCUGUGUGCCCUGGGCAUGCUGGCUGUGGCGAUCUGCUCUGACCAUUGGUAUGAAACUGAUGCCAGGAAGCACAGAGAGAGGUGCAAGAGCAUCACCACUAAGAGAAAUGAUCCUGGCUUCAUUUAUAACUCCAACAACAACCUGCCUCUCAGGGCCAGCAGGUCUAGGUUGGACCGUUGGGAAGGGAAACUCCUCUUGGCAAGAAACAGGAGGCAGAUCUUUGCUAUGAGCGCAGUCGAUGAGUGCAACAGACAGUACAACUCGACCAACAUGGGGCUUUGGAGGAAAUGCCACCGACAAGGGUUUGACCAAGAGCUGGAGGAGCUGAUUGCCAAAG